CAAAAAAGUUUACAAAGCACUAGUGCUUUUGAUAUGUUGUAGUACUACGUGUGGCUGUAACACUAACACACAGAAAAAACAAAUGGCCACCUCACAUCUCUCCAACACCACCAUUAUCCGGCCACUUUCCGGCAACCGGAUACUAAAACCACCACCACCACCACCGACCUCCAUUUCUUUCAUCAAACAACCCACAAACACACCUUACAAAACACGCAUCAGACUAAGUUUAGUACAACAAGAAAAAAGCCCACAAAAAUCAUCAAACAUAGAUGUCGAACAGUUGGUUGGUUUUUUGUAUGAUGACCUUCCUCAUUUGUUUGAUGAUCAAGGUAUCGAUAAGACCGCUUACGACGAACGGGUUAAGUUUCGUGACCCCAUUACAAAACAUGAUAGUAUAAGUGGUUAUUUGUUUAACAUUGCCAUGUUGAAGUUGGUAUUUUCUCCUAACUUUCAGCUUCAUUGGGUUAAACAGACAGGACCCUAUGAAAUAACUACAAGGUGGACUAUGGAAAUGACAUUCUCACUUCUACCAUGGAAGCCAUUGUUGGUCUUUACAGGAACUUCUGUUAUGGGCAUCAAUCCAGAAAAUGGAAAGUUUUGCAGUCAUGUGGACUAUUGGGAUUCUAUAAAGAACAACGAGUACUUUUCUUCUGAAGGUCUCGUGGACUUGGUUAAACAGCUACGGAUCUACAAGACUCCAGAUUUGGAGACACCUAAAUAUCAGAUACUUAAAAGAACAGCAAAUUAUGAGGUACGAAAGUAUAACCCCUUCAUAAUCGUUGAAACACAAAGCGACAAGCUUGCUAGCUCAACAGGAUUUAAUGAUGUAGCUGGAUAUAUAUUUGGGAAGAACUCGAGAGAGGAAAAGAUACCUAUGACUACUCCAGUUUUCACUCAAGCAUUUGAUACAGAGAUGUCCAAAAUGUCCAUCCAGAUUGUUAUUCCUUCCGAUAAAGACAUGGAGAGUUUACCAGAUCCUAACAAAGAAGAUAUUAGUUUGAGGAGCGUUCAAGGAGGGUUUGCAGCUGUAUUAAAGUUCAGUGGCAAACCUACAGAGGAUGUUGUUCGUGAAAAGGAGAAAUUACUGAGGUCUAGUCUUUUUUCUGAUGGUCUUAAACCUAAAGAGGGGUGUUUACUGGCUCGCUACAACGAUCCCGGUAGAACCAAGAGUUUUAUGUUGAGGAACGAAGUUCUUAUUUGGCUGGAGGAAUUUUUGCUGGACUAGUGCAGUUGGCCUUGAUCAAUCCUGUCUUUCAAGGUUUGAUAUUUGUAAGACUUUAUGCUGCUGCAUAAAGUGGGUGACAGAAACAGCUUUAGCUAAUACCUAUCAUAUACGUUAUUAUCACAUUUUACGACAAAAAAAUAUAGCCUGAAAGUGAAUAUAGUGUAGCAUUAGAACAUCACCAAUUGUUAUUCCUGUGCAUACUACGGAUCAUAGCUUCUUCAAAGAUAUAUUUGGAAAUGGUGAAAUGCAUUUGAUUUUUGUGGUGAA